GCUAAUCCGAAAUGACAAAUAACUCCCCAUUAUUAAAAUUUGCAACAAGGUUUAAUAGUGGAUGGACUCCUGAUGCUUUAAUUGGCCGCCAUGGCUCCCGCCUGCGAUAGGACCGACGCCAUUGUCGUUCGUUGCAGAUGUGUUUCCAGAGAGAAUGGUGGUUUCCAUUGCGAGAAUCACUCGACUUCCAUUGACCAAACAUGUCCCCAAUGCGGCGCCAAAUGUGAUCCUUCUUCAUCAUCUUUAUAUUAUCUUCUUAGCUCUGAUUCGCGAUCCCAGAAAGAUCUGGAGAAGGUUUGGAGAUGCAUUUCCGCUGCUGCCAAGGGUUUUACCAUCGGAGCUGGUCUCAAAGGCGGUCUUGCUGCCUUCGCGAUCCUCGCUCGGCUGAGGAAGGGAACAUUCUCUGCCUCUGCAAGGAAGGUGGGAACGGUUUCGAAUCGCGAAGCGAUUAUUAUAGCCGUUAAGGAGACUCUUAGAUAUGGUCUCUUCCUCGGCACCUUUGCGGGUACAUUUGUUACUGUAGAUGAGUGUAUAGCUGCUUUGGGAGGACAUCGUAGGACCGCAAGAUGGAGGACACUGUUAGCAGGGGCGGUUGCUGGGCCUUCCUUACUUUUGACUGGACCAAACACACAGCAUGCAAGCUUGGCAAUUUACAUCCUUAUGCGAGCUGCCGUCCUAGCUUCUCGAUGUGGAAUGAAAAGUAAACGAUUUGGACGCAUUUGUAAACCUUUGACUUGGGCCCACGGGGACAUUUUCCUUAUGUGCCUCUCUUCUUCCCAAAUCCUGUCUGCUUACAUAUUGAAGCAAGACAGCCUGCCUUCAUCAUACAGAUCUUUUUUGAAUAAACAUGGUGGAAAGGAUUCUGUUAUUUUACAAGGAGUCAAAGAAAUCGCAAGCAACAUCCCCUUUACUAAUUUGAAGGGGAUAGAGAAGUAUUACAGAUCCCAGGGUGUGAACAUAAAAUUAGAUCCUAAAAUGAAAGUGCCAUGUUUGAUUGUACAUGGAAAUCAAUCUUGUGCUGCACAUGUUAUCUCUUUUCUUGUUCAAGCUUAUGGAAGAGCAUUGCCAGUCUAUCUUCCUGUAUAUUUCAUUCCUGCACUAAUAGUUCACCGUCAAGGCCUUCUGAAGAGUCCUUAUACAAUUUUGGGGAAGGGUCUCCUUGGCACAGCAAGAUCGAGCUUGUUCCUUUCUGUAUAUUGUACAUCAGCCUGGAUGUGGACGUGCUUGCUCUUCAGAAUUUUUAAGAGAUGCAACAUUCCAAUGGUGGUGAUGGGAACGUUUCCUCCAGGUCUGGCCUUGAGAAUUGAGAAGAAAAGCAGAAGGAUCGAAAUCUCUCUCUAUUGCUUUGCAAGAGCUAUUGAGAGCUUCUUCACAUGCAUGGCAGAUGCCGGUCUUUUGCCACCGGCGACUAAGCUGAAGAGAGCCGAUGUGGUUAUAUUCAGUUUGUCAACAGCCAUCAUCAUGCACUGUUACGCACAAGAAAGGGAAGUUUUCCGCUCCAAGUACUUGAAUGUUCUCGAUUGGGUGUUUGGCGUUCCUCCCGCCAUAUCUGAAACUCCACGUUGCAAAAACACUUGAUAUGGAUGAGCAAUGGCCCAAUGGGUGUUUUCAAGGGGGAGAUUUUGAUUCUUAUUUUUAACAUGACAAAAGAGUUCCUAUUUUUGUAAGUGGUUAAUCUUAUGCCAGUUUUAACACCAAUAAAUUGAAUACUGGCUCAAUUUUGGCUUUCAAAA